ACCCGGUGGAUGGUGGGUACACAAUUUAUUUAUUUUCUUUUACCACCCCCUGCCCUCGGUGGUAAAAGUUAGAUUAAAAUUCAAUGGUUUAAUGGUUAAAUUGAAGGGCUCUAUGAAAGUGGCGUUUAUAAAUAAAUGGGAUAGAGCGAACUCCGAAAUCACACAAAAAACAACACUGAAAGUACAGUCUUCUUGUCUCUCUUUCUCUCACACAAUCAGCGUGCUCUCUCUAAAACUGCACUUUCCUGUCUUUUCCCACUUUUUCUUUAACCCAUUAACAAUGGCGAUUCAUGCAUUUCUCUUCUUUCUUGCUAUUUUAUCAAAGCCCCUCUUUCUUCAUGCUAAUUUAGAAGGGGAUGCACUCUAUGCACUGAGGAGGUCAGUAAUUGACCCAGGAAAUGUGUUGCAAAGCUGGGAUCCGACCCUUGUUGACCCAUGUACUUGGUUUCAUGUCACCUGUGACCAUGAUAAUCGGGUCACCCGCCUAGAUCUUGGAAAUGCAAAGUUAACAGGAAAAUUAGUACCAGAGUUGGGAAAGCUUGAGCGCCUUCAGUAUCUGGAACUCUACACGAACAACUUUGUAGGCCCGAUACCAAAGGAGUUUGGUGGCCUAAAGAGCCUUGUGAGCUUAGAUUUGUUUCACAAUAAUCUCACCGGUCCAAUUCCUUCUUCGCUUUCUAAGCUCUCCAGUCUUAAAUUUCUGCGAUUGAACCACAACAAUCUGACAGGAAGAAUCCCUAGAGAGCUUACCAAGCUUGGAAACCUUAAGAUCCUAAAUGUAUCAAACAAUAACUUGUGCGGUACUUUUCCAACGUCUGGUUCCUUCUCCAAGUUCACAGAACAGAGUUUUGUGAACAAUCCCAGGAUAGAAGGACCGGAGUUGAUUGGGUUUGUCCGAUACGACUCAGGAAGAGAUUGUAACUGAAGUUUGAGAAGAGGCACUAGAUUACUUGGCAAAGUUAAAACCAAUUAUGUCAUAGGAGUAUUUCAUAGUUAACAUUAUACUGCAUCAAAAAAGGAUCGAUUACGGGCGUAGAGCCGUAGUCAUUUAGGGUCUGUUAAGACAACUCUAAUAUUGGAUGAAUCCUUGUUUUGACUUAAGGUUAUCAAAUGUAUUAUAUCUAUUAAUUAACACUCAGAACUACUUGUUUUGUAACUGGUUCAAUUCCUGAGUAACAAGUUUAUUGUGGGGGAAGAUUUUUCAA